AUGGAAAUGGCUCAAGAAAUGAUUGAUGCCCACGACAAAAUCAUUGACGGCACCGGCGACGGGCUGCUGCGCAACGGCCUCAAGCGCCACCGCCGGCAGGUUACCGUUCUCGACCAAGCCCGGACGAGGUCGGCCGCGGCCAAAAAGAUCGAAGAACCUGAUGAAUACUUCCGCCAACGGAUCGAGAUAAUGAACCGCGAAAAGACUCUGGCGUUUGACUUCCGUCUCACGGCGCUGGCCUCAUCCAAAGAGACCAGAGCCAACGCCAUCAUUCAAAUCGUCAAGGCUGAGGACCAGCGCUUGGUGUAUGACGCGGCUGAGCCAAGGCAAGGGUGGGGUGGUCAGAACCACCCGCGCUUCCCUACAGACCACUUUCUAUCAAACGUCGAUCUCAUCAACGAAACGAGGCUACUUGAUAUCGCGAUAAAGAUGCCCAAAGGGGCACAUCUUCACAUCCAUUUCAAUGCUUGUCUGCAGCCUCAUGUGCUCCUGGGCAUAGCCAAGAACAUGGACCGCAUGUUCAUCACCAGCGAUAAGCCCUUGCCUCCGAGUGAUGACGGUAGGACAGACGAGGAGGCACGGAACGCUCUUCACGUCUGUGAGAUUCAGUUUUCCAUUUUGCCACCUGAAAAGGAGAACCCGGGCGACAUUUUCUCGCCGGAUUACGUGAAACGACAGACGAUGAAAUACUCCGAGUUCCUCAACGAAUUCCCAAAGAAGCACAACAUAGACCCAGAGAAGUGGCUCACAAAUAAACUCGUCUUCCAUGAGGACGAGGCCCAUAACGUGCUCCAGACAGUCCAGGGCGCCUGGGAGAAGUUUAAUGGCAAAACACGCAUGAUGAAGGGCCUUUUCAACUACGAAAGCGCCUACCGAAAGUACACUCAGGGGAUUCUUGAGGAUUUUGUCCGUGACAAUAUCCAGUACGCUGAGAUCCGGCCAAAUUUCAUGGAGACGAAUCAGCUCUGGACUGAUGACGGUACACGACAAAUCGAUAACGUGGGCAUUAUGAACAUAAUCAUUGAGGAGUUCGACCAGUUCCAACAAAGGACCAAUAACUCGUUUGGCGGCUUGAAGGUCAUUUACUGCACACCUCGGUCCUUCUCGAAUGAGUCUGUAGCUUUCGCGCUCGACGAAUGCUUUAGGUUUAAGAAGAAGUGGCCCAAGUGGAUCGCUGGGUUUGAUCUGGUUGGCGAAGAGUCCAAGGGGCGACCUCUGCGGGACUUUAUCCCCGAGUUCCUUGCAUUCAGAAAAAAGUGCGACGAGUCUGGCGUCGACAUUCCGUUCCUUUUCCACUGUGGCGAGACGACGCAGAUCGGCAACGAUACGGAUGGUAACCUCGUGGAUGCGCUUCUGCUCAACUCGAAACGCAUCGGCCACGGCUUUGCGCUGGCUAGGCACCCGUACAUCAUGGAGCACAUGAAGAAAAAGGGCAUCUGCCUCGAAGUGUGCCCCAUCUCCAACGAGGAACUCGGUCUUACGCCGAGAAUAACCGGCCACGCCAUGUACAACCUUCUCGCGAACAACGUACACUGCACUCUGAACUCCGAUAACGGAACCAUAUUCAGAUCAAGUCUUUCUCAUGAUUUCUAUCAGGCAAUGGUUGGCAAGACGGAUAUGACUUUGCACGGCUGGCGACAGCUUAUUGAAUGGAGCCUGGAACACUCUUGCAUGUCCAAAGAGGAGUUGGCCAUCGUGCGGACGGACUGGGAGAAGCGUUGGGAGAAAUUUCUGGAUUGGGUCAUUGCCAGACAUGGUAACAUACAGGCGUUGGAGGACGAGUCUAAGACGUAG